AGGGUGCACGGGGGUUGGUGCGCUCGAGCGAAAAGCCGUCGGCUCCAGUCGCAGCCCAGUUCCUCUGGAGUCAGCAGCGUGGCAGCGAACUCCGCAACACGACCUCGCGCCGUCAGAGAAGCCCGAGCUGCGGUCACCGCAUCGCCCCGCGCGCCUGGGAUGGGAGCGAUUACCCACAGCGCCGGCUUUGACAGUCGCGAGCGCGGCGUACUUGCUGCGGACAUCUCCGCCUGAACGAGAGUGGCUGGGAUUCCGCCUCCCGUCUCGCUCUCUGUUCACAGGAAUUUAAACGUCAGGGAUUUGUGUCGCAGAGUCCAGGUCGUACCGACUCUCCGAAGCACUGGUUCUGGGAUUGAUUGGCUUUAAAACCUUUUCUAGGCUGCGCACAUUUUCCCAGAACAUUUGGAGUAAGAGAGUUGGGAUUCCUGCGAACGUGCUCAUCCGCAGUGGCAUUGCGACUGCGGCUGUGAAGUCAAAUCCGCAGCACAGGUCCAUAAUGUCCUCAGGUUCGAGAGAAGACUGAACCCCGAUUGGCCUUUGAGUUCUUGACUGAGUCCUUCUUCCUCCCCGGUACCAACGGACAAUGGCGUCCCACGACAGAAAACUGAACUGUCUGCUCGUGUCAUGCUGCUUCUCUGUGUUCCUGCUGCCCCUCUCAGCCACCCGCCCCCAGCAGCCUCCGACCCCGACCCGAGUGGACCAGGGCUACAGAACAUUUCGGGCUGAGAACCCCGAGUGGACCCUUAACCACCUGGCCGUGGACCGGCGUAACGGGAACGUGUACCUGGGUGCGGUGAACCGCAUCUACAAGCUGGCGCCGGCGCUGGACAUCCAGGUGUCGCACCAGACCGGGCCGGACGAGGACAACCGCAACUGCUACCCGCCGCGCAUCGUGCAGCCGUGCAGCGAGCCUCUGGCGCUCACCGACAACGUCAAUAAGAUGCUUCUGAUGGACUACAGGGAGAACCGUCUGCUGGCGUGCGGGAGCCUGUACCAGGGCAUUUGCAAACUGCUGCGUCUGGACGACCUGUUCAAGCUUGGCGAGCCUUUUCACAAGAAGGAGCACUACCUUUCCGGCGUGAACGAGAGCGGCUCGGUGUACGGCGUCAUUGUGUCGUACGGCGACGCCUCGCCUGACAAGCUGUUCGUGGCCACGGCGGUAGAUGGGCGGCCGGAGUACUUCCCGACCAUCUCCAGCCGGAAGCUGGCGCGAAAUUCGGAGGAGGACGGCAUGUUCGCCUACGUCUUCCACGACGAGUUCGUGGCCUCUAUGAUCAAGAUCCCGUCAGACACGUUUACCGUGGUGCCCGACUUCGACAUCUACUACGUCUACGGCUUCAGCAGCGGGAAUUUCGUCUACUUCCUUACGCUGCAGCCAGAGAUGGGCGGCGGGCCAGCAGGGGGCUCGUCCUCGACCGGCCGCGAGCAGGUGUACACCUCCAAGCUGGUGCGUCUCUGCAAGGACGACACGGCCUUCAACUCCUACGUGGAGGUGCCGCUAGGCUGCGUGAAAGGCGGCGUGGAGUACCGGCUCCUGCAGGCCGCCUACCUGUCCAAGGCGGGCGCCGUCCUGGCGCGAUCGCUGGGCAUCGGAGCCGACGACGACGUGCUGUACGCCGUCUUCUCCAAAGGGCAGAAGAGGAGGCCCAAGGAGACGUCGCAGGAGUCGGCGCUGUGUGUGUUCGCCCUGAAGGAGAUCAACGAGAGGAUCAAAGACCGACUGCAGUCCUGCUACAAGGGCGAGGGCACGCUGGAUCUGGCCUGGCUCAAAGUGAAAGACAUCCCCUGCAGCAGCGCGCUCCUGACCAUCGACGACAACUUCUGUGGGUUGGACAUGAACGCCCCGCUGGGCGUGUCCGAGAUGGUGCGUGGCGUCCCGCUGUUUUCCGAGUCCAGUGACAAAUUGACCUCCGUCAUCGCCUACGUCUACAAGAACUACUCGCUGGCCUUCGUGGGCACCAAGGGGGGCCGACUGAAAAAGAUUCGGGUGGAUGGGCCGUCCCAUGGUGCUUUGCAGUACGAGACAGUGCAGGUUGUGGAUGACGGACCAAUCCUGAGAGACAUGGCCUUCUCAGCUGAUCAGCACUUCCUAUAUGUGAUGUCAGAGACCCAGCUGACGCGUGUUCCAGUCGAGGCGUGUGAACAGUACUCGUCCUGCAGCGCAUGCUUGGGCUCUGGAGACCCUCACUGCGGCUGGUGUGUGCUGCACAGUAUGUGCACCAGGAAGGAGAAAUGUGAGAGGUCGUCGGAGCUGCGGCGUUUUGCAUCAGACAUUAAGCAGUGCGUGAGGCUGAGCGUGCACCCCAGCAACAUCUCCGUGUCCCAGUACAGCGUCACGCUUGUCCUGGAAGCCCAUAACGUCCCAGAACUUUCCGCCGGAGUGAACUGUACCUUUGAGGACCUGGCCGAGAUGGAUGGCAUGGUGGAUGGAAACCGCAUCACCUGCAGCUCCCCUGCUGAGAAGGAGGUCCCCCGGAUCGUGGUGGACCAAGGCGACCACCAGAUUGUGCAGCUCUACCUCAAGUCUAAGGAGACAGGGUUAGCUUUUGCCAACACCAGCUUUGUCUUCUACAACUGCAGCGUCCAUAAAUCCUGUCUUUCCUGCGUUGGAAGCCCCUACCAGUGCCACUGGUGCAAAUACCGCCACACUUGCACCCACGACCCCCGAAGCUGCUCCUUCCAAGAGGGCCGGGUCAAACAACCCGAGGAGUGCCCCCAGCUGCUGCCGGCCGACCGGAUCCUGGUGCCGGUGAAUGUGGUGAAACCUAUCACCCUGCGAGCCAGGAAUCUUCCGCAACCGCAAUCCGGCCAGCGUGGGUACGAGUGUGUGCUCAUCAUCCAGGGCGUGGAGCAGAGGGUCCCUGCUCUACGCUUCAACAGUACCAGUGUGCAGUGCCAGAACACCUCGUACUCGUAUGAUGGGAUGGAAAUGAGUAGUCUCCCUGUGGAUCUGACCGUCAUCUGGAACGGAGACUUUAGCAUCGAUAACCCGGCUCAAAACAAAGUCCACCUGUACAAGUGUGACGCCCGGCGGGAGAGCUGUGGUCUGUGUCUGAAGGCGGACCCCCUGUUCGGCUGCGUGUGGUGUAGGAGUGAGAAACGCUGCACCCUGAAGCAACACUGCCCCCACCCACAGAGCAUGUGGCUAGAGCACAACGGCAUCAACAGCAAGUGCACGCACCCCAAGAUCAGCAAGAUCACCCCACUGCGUGGGCCCAGGGAAGGGGGCACGUUGGUGACGAUCCGGGGAGAGAAUCUCGGCCUGGAAUUCCAUGAGAUACAGGGGAACGUGAAGGUGGCAGAAGUGGACUGCAUGCCGGUGCCAGAGGGAUACAUCCCAGCCGAACAGAUUGUGUGUGAAAUGGGAAAAGCGGAAAAGAGCCAGUAUGCAGGGAACGUCCAGGUGUGUGUUGGGGAGUGCCAGCCUGAGUUCGUGGCCAAGACAUCGAAGUACUACUACUUCGUGGUUCCCAAGCUGAUGUCCCUGAAGCCUAACCGUGGGCCUGUCUCUGGGGGCACCAUCGUCAACAUCACAGGCAGCAACCUGGAUGCCGGCAGCAACGUGUCCAUCAUGUUCAAGGACCAUAAGUGCACAUACCACAGACGAGGGGGCCAGUGGAUCACGUGUCACUCCCAAGCAUCCACGCAAGGCUACGGAAACGUCACCGUGUCCGUGUACGUGGACAAGGCCCACAUCCACAAGGACCUGCGCUUUGAGUACGUGGAGGACCCCACUAUAACCAAGCUGGAACCUGAAUGGAGUAUUUUUAGUGGAAACACACCAGUGACGGUGACCGGUACCAACCUGGACAUCAUUCAGAACCCACAAAUCCGAGCCAAGUACGGCAACCAGGAGACGACUAACGUGUGUCAGGUGCUGAGCUCCACGAGCAUGCUCUGUCAGGCCCCGGCGCUGCCGGGCAGCCUGGCCAGGCUGGAGGAGGACGUAGAGAGGCCCGACGAGUUCGGCUUCGUCCUGGACAACGUUCAGUCCGUGCUGGCCCUCCAGAACAUCAACUUCCUCUACUUCCCCAACCCGGUGUUUGAGACGCUCAGCGCAUCUGGGGUUCAGGAACUCAAGCCUGGAUCUCCCAUUAUUCUAAAGGGAAGGAACUUCCUCCCUCCUACGCCUGGUAGCAACGGGAAGCUGAACUACACAGUCUUGAUCGGAGAGAAGCCCUGCUCCCUAACCGUGUCCGACACCCAGCUGCUGUGCGAAUGGCCCAACCUGACCGGACGCCACAAGGUUCUGGCACGUGUUGGAGGCAUCGAGUUUUCCCCGGGCGUGGUCCACAUCACCUCCGACAGCCCCCUCAGCAGCACGGCCAUCAUCGGCAUCGCCGCCGCCGGAGGCUUUCUCAUCCUCUUCAUCGUCAUCGUCCUCAUCGCCUACAAGCGCAAGUCCCGCGAGAGUGACCUGACCCUCAAGCGCCUGCAGAUGCAGAUGGACAACCUGGAGUCUCGUGUGGCGCUGGAGUGCAAGGAAGCCUUUGCCGAGCUGCAGACGGAUAUUAACGAGCUGACCAGUGACCUGGACGGAGCUGGCAUUCCUUUCCUGGACUACAGGACCUACACCAUGCGUGUGCUCUUCCCGGGUAUCGAGGAGCACCCUGUGCUCAGAGACCUGGAGGUGCCGGGCUACAGGCAGGAGCAGGUGGAGAAGGGACUGAAGCUCUUCGGCCAGCUCAUCAACAACAAGAUCUUCCUGCUCGCCUUCAUCCGCACGCUGGAGUCUCAGCGCGGCUUCUCCAUGCGUGACCGCGGCAACGUGGCCUCGCUCAUCAUGACCGUGCUGCAGAGCAAGCUGGAAUACGCCACCGACGUGCUCAAGCACCUCCUCUCGGACCUCAUCGACAAGAACCUGGAGAGCAAGAACCACCCCAAGCUGCUGCUGAGGAGGACGGAGUCUGUGGCAGAAAAAAUGCUGACAAAUUGGUUCACCUUCCUCCUUUACAAAUUUCUGAAGGAGUGCGCCGGAGAACCCUUGUUCUCCCUCUUCUGCGCCAUCAAGCAACAGAUGGAGAAAGGGCCCAUUGACUCCAUCACCGGGGAGGCGCGCUACUCCCUCAGCGAGGACAAGCUCAUCAGACAGCAGAUCGACUACAAGACGCUGGUGGUGAACUGCAUCCACCCAGACAAUGAGAAGAGCCCAGAGAUUCAGGUGAAGGUGCUGAACUGUGACACCAUCAGCCAAGUGAAGGAGAAGAUUCUAGAUGCCAUCUACAAGAAUGUCCCCUACUCGCACCGCCAGAAGGCCACUGACAUGGACCUGGAGUGGCGUCAGUGCAGAGGGGUCCGGAUCAUUCUUCAGGACGAGGACAUGACCACAAAGAUCGAGAGCGACUGGAAGAGACUCAAUAUGCUGUCUCAUUAUCAGGUGCCUGAUAACACCGUUGUGGCACUCGUACCGAAGCAGGUCACUGCUUACAACUCGGUGAACAACUCCACUGUCUCCAGGACGUCCGCCGGAAAAUACGAAAACAUGAUCAAGUACACGGGCAGCCCGGACAGCCUGCGCUCCCGAACGCCCAUGAUCACGCCCGACCUGGAGACCGGCGUCAAGGUCUGGCACCUGGUGAAGAAUCACGAGCACGGUGACCAGAAGGAAGGCGACCGCGGCAGCAAGAUGGUGUCUGAGAUCUACCUGACCAGGCUGCUGGCCACCAAGGGCACGCUGCAGAAGUUUGUAGACGACCUGUUUGAGACCAUCUUCAGCACGGCGCACAGAGGAAGUGCUCUCCCUCUCGCCAUCAAGUACAUGUUCGACUUCCUGGACGAGCAAGCAGACAAGCACGGCAUCCACGACCCGCACGUGCGACACACGUGGAAAAGCAACUGCCUACCUCUGCGAUUCUGGGUGAACGUGAUCAAGAACCCCCAGUUUGUGUUCGACAUCCAUAAGAGCAGCAUCACGGACGCGUGUCUCUCCGUGGUGGCCCAGACCUUCAUGGACUCUUGCUCCACGUCCGAGCACCGCCUGGGCAAAGACUCGCCCUCUAACAAGCUGCUCUAUGCCAAGGACAUUCCCAGCUACAAGAGCUGGGUGGAGAGGUACUACUCAGACAUCAGUAAGAUGCCCGCCAUCAGUGACCAGGACAUGAAUGCCUACCUGGCUGAGCAGUCACGCAUGCACAUGAGCGAGUUCAACGCCAUGAGCUCCCUCAGCGAAAUCUAUUCUUACGUGAGCAAGUACACAGAGGAGAUUGUGAGUGCGCUGGAGCAAGACGACAGCGCCAGGAAACAGAGACUGGCUUUAAAGCUGGAACAGGUGGUCGCCUUCAUGAGCCUGGAGAGCUGAGGACCGCGUUUCCCAGAGCGCACUGGGACACCCGUCAGAAACCGAGCCGUGCCUGAGCGAAUACCCGUCCAUCAAUCUCACCUCUUUCGUUUUGCAAAAAAAAAAAAAAAGAAGAAAAAAAAACCCCACACAACUUCCUGCAUCUUCCCAAGCACCAUUCAGGAGUCCACAGCGCAUUAGCUCUGCUUCCUAGAAGAGUAGAGAACAGCCUUGGGGCUGCAGACUACACUUACCCAUGAUGCAACAGGGGAAGAGGGAGGGCAACCAUUCAUUCUGCUGUCUAAAGGGGUGGUUGCCUGCGUACUCUGCCUCACUGGUGCCCUCUAUGCUUCCCCUGGUGAAUUUAAAAAAAGUUUAAAAUAUAAAUAAAUAACUGUUACAUUUAUGUUGCCUUCAGAUUAUAGCUGUUAAGCAAAGUGUUUCAAACCACAAUGUUGGGUGUCAAUUUGUUCAGAUUUUUAUGCCUAGGGUAGUGUAUGACACUACCGUAGUGUCCAGUUAAUUGUAGUACCAAAACACGGAUAAUUUGCUGUUGGUACUGCAUGUGUAGGAGAAAUGCAGACCAAAUGGGUCGUGUCAAAAAACUUGAAACCCAAAAGAGUUUACAGGACAGAGUUUCCUACCGUCCACGUAACAGCCGUCGCAUGGGGAUUGCCUGUGAUCUGCCAUCGCCUGGAGAGAAGGGAUGUGUGUUUAAACCGCUGUGGUUCCCGUGACAACGGGGGGUAGAGUGAUUCCUCUCUCUACUGAGAGCCCAACUGACUGUGAAACUUUGAGCGUAGCUUUUCUGCCACUGUCCAGAUGUGCAGAGCUUCUCCCUGUUCCUGAGAGGUCUCUCGCACUGGUCUGGCGUUAGCACAUUACGAAAGUGAACCUCUCUGAUCAUGUAUUCUUCGUAAGCACACACAUGCACGCAAAACACGCUCACACAUGCAUGCGCGCACACACACACACGCACA